AUGAGUCCAUCCGCCGCCGUGGAUAUCGAAGUAAAGGGGGUCACUGACACCAGCGCGAUGGUGGUCCCUGACCCUUUGACCGUCAAUGGUGUCCCUGCGUGGAGAGAGAAGAUGGUCAAGAUGCCCACCGGUGUCGCACCCUCUUGCAGCAGUGACAUGUGGAAGAGCCCGGCCUGUUAUAACAAGCCAAAGGCCAAGCGCCUCGACCAUUUUUUGUCGACUGAGGCUAAGGCGCGCAAGGCUUCGACGUUGAAGGCUGCCGCAUCAUACUUGAAGACUCCCGGAAUUAUCUCCCUUGGUGGUGGUCUCCCUUCUUCCGAAUAUUUCCCAAUUGAGCACCUUGAGGUCAAGGUCCCUACGGCACCAGGCUUUAGCCCUGAAGAAACUCAGGAGUCAGGUACCGUCCUGCACGGUGGAAAGCACGAUAUCAAGGAGGGAAAGAGUCUUUACGACCUUGAAAUCUCUCUGAACUAUGGUCAAGCUACUGGAUCUCCUCAGCUUCUCCGGUAUAUUACUGAGCACACAGAGCUGAUUCACAACCCCCCGUACUCUGAUUGGCAAUGCACAUUGACCGCUGGCAGCACUUACGCCUGGGACACUGCUCUCCGUUUGUUCACUGAACGUGGCGAUUACAUUAUGAUGGAGGACUACACAUUCGUCAGUGCCGCAGAGACCGCUUUCCCUCUCGGGCUUAAGGCUCUUGCAAUCCCAAUGGAUAUUGAAGGUCUUGUUCCCGAGGCUUGGGACGAGAUCCUCAGCAACUGGGAUGUCAAGGCUCGUGGUGCACGCAAGCCUCACCUUCUGUACACUAUCCCAACUGGCCAGAACCCCACAGGAGCUACUCAAUCCGCCGAGCGCCGCCGUGCCAUCUACAAAGUCGCCCAGAAGCACGAUGUCUACAUCGUGGAGGAUGAGCCAUAUUACUUCCUGCAAAUGCAGCCUUACAACGGCGAGGGAGCUGCACCUCCCCCACCUGCUACCCAUGUUGACUUCAUUAAGUCUCUGGUCCCCUCUUAUCUGAGCAUCGAUGUUGAUGGCCGUGUCUGUCGCAUGGAGUCUUUCUCGAAGGUUAUCUCACCCGGUUCUCGAGUCGGGUGGAUCGUCGCCUCAGAGCAGAUAAUUGAACGUUUUAUUCGUAACUUCGAGGUCUCCGCACAGCACCCUAGCGGUAUCUCACAGCUUGUCCUUUACAAGUUGCUGGAUGAGCACUGGGGACACACCGGAUACCUAGACUGGCUUAUUAACUUGCGCAUGUCUUACACUGCCCGCCGUGAUGCGAUGCUACACUCCUGCGAGAAGCAUUUGCCCCGUGAUAUUGCCCACUGGGUUGCUCCCGCCGCAGGCAUGUUCCACUGGAUCGAUAUUGACUGCAGUCAACACCCCGGAGUUGCCGCUGGUAAGACUCCGGAGCAGAUCGAGGGAGAGAUUUUCGACGCUGCCAUCGGCCAGAAUGUUCUUCUGUCUCGCGGUAGCUGGUUCAAGGCCGACAAAUCUCUUCCCAUUGAGAAGGUCUCAUUCCGUGCUACCUAUGCCUCUGCUUCGUUUGAUCAGAUUGAUGAAGCGAUCGCCCGCUUCGCCGCUUGUCUGCGCGAACAGUUCCAUCUAUAG